GGUUUUUUGACUUUUUCUUAUGCUGGGGGACCAGUUGGUAUCAAAAAGAAUUUAUGUGAAUGGAAGUGGUGCCUUACCCCCCACGAGCAAUUAAAUGGCUAAAUGCCAUAUGAGAAGAGAGAAUAGCCUAGAAAUCUUGGAGCCUUUCCCUUUUCUAUUCUGUCUCCCACACCUACCAUAUAUUUUUCCUUCUACUUUCCAUCACAGUUGAGAAUCAUUCACAAUCUACCCCUAAAUUCAUCACCUGCCCUUCUUCCAUUUUUACUCAACCAUUUCAGUGCCAUUCCCAUUCCUCUCCUUGCUUUUCUUCUACUUCCUUACAGCUUUCCAAAUUCUAUCCCAGCAAUGGCGGCUGCUGCUGCUGCACAAGUCAAACAACUUCGACAGAUUCUUCAAGAGCAGCAGGAACCAUUCAUCCUGAAGACUUACCUUGCUGAGAAGGGCUGCUGUGUUAGGAACAAGCACAAUAAUAGCUUAGAAGCAGAAGAAGGAAGCUUUACCUGCUGCCGUGUGACUUCUGGGAACAAGGGCCAAAAGGGUGUCUCCAAUUUGUCCAAGGUGGUCAGAAAUCUGUAUGAUCAUGUGGGUUCCAUUAAUGGCAAGAAACUCAGAAGUAAGAAGAAGAAGAAGCAGAGGCAAAGUUCAGAGGCAGAGGCAGAAGAGAGGUUGGCCAUUGCUAGCUGCUGCAGCUCGAAAGAUUUUAAUUGGUAUUCUUCUGAGAGUGAUAACGCUGAAGGAAGAGCAAGCUGUUCUUCUUCAUUUGCGGAUUUCUGGGACUCCAAUGAAGAAAAGAUAGCUGCAGAUGGAAGCCUCCAAUGGCGUUGCAUGGAAGGUGGUGGUGGUGAUCAGCAAUUCAGCCCGGUUUCGGUUUUGGAAGGGCUGGCGUCUCGCGAAGACGACGACGACUCUUCUUCUCCUCCAACUAAUAACAGCAGCACAGGAGAUGGCAUCAUCAUCAGGAGGAAGAAGAAGGAAGAAGAGAAACAGCGCCAAGUAUCGGCGGACGAAUCCAUCAUCGCGUCAGCAUCCGUGUGGGGAGUUCUGUUACGGAGGGCAGAAGCUAAUGAAACAGGGGAUCCCCUGAAAUCAACCAGCAGAGAUGCUCUGGAACUGGAGAAAACGAAGAAGCAACUUCUGUUUGAUUGCAUACUAGAGGAGAUGGAACUAGAGACUCAUCAUAAGCAGUGUUGUACGAGCAGCAGCGAGAAGAUUGUGAGAUCGUGGGCGGCGUGGAGUAAGAGAUGGAAAGCUGGGGACGAAUCCGAGCUGCUAUCGGAUUCUCUUGGGCAGCGAGAAUGGAGCGAGAAUGGUGAGCAGCCGAGGGAGAUCGGAUUGGAGAUUGGAGGUGCCAUUGCGGAAGCGAUUAUGGAUGAGAUCAUGGUGGACUUGAUUGGUAUCUCGUCUCUCUAACAAUCUGCUCACUUGUGUAUUGGCUGUAUCUUGUUCUGCUUCACAUUUAGUCUAAGAUUUAGGGUAACUGUACAUAAGCACAAAGCAGCAGGCUGUGCCUGCAGAUGUUCCCCCAAGAGACAAAUAUCCUCGAGUUCUCAUAUCUGCUUAAGGUAGUACCAACCAGGGAUGAAAGCUUAAGGAUGCAGAUUCAUGGAAAACAAUCAAAGUGUGGUUCAAGGCUUUUACAGAUAGAAAAGGGGUAAAAAGUUGCAUUUUAAUAACCUAAAUAAAAUCAAAGAUAUUUA